GCCCUUGAAGCCUCAAAAUGGCGGGAACGCUGAGUCGCUUCUUCGCGUCGGCGUCGGACUCUGGGGCGUUCGCGAGCAUCCGCGGCGAUGCGCUGCUGUUGCAGACCUCACAGACUUUAUACGAGCAGAUAUUGCCGUCCGCGCCAGUCAUCGGCUUGGACGAGAGCAAUGCGCGUAGCAAGGAGAGCGAACCGGACAAGAUUUGGGCCUUAGUGGCCGUUGUGGCCACGGGGAUGACGCAGGAGAUCAAACAAGAGCAAGUCGAAGAAGAGCAAUGCUCUACAACUGUACAGAACAAACUGGAGUGGCAUCUAGUGGAUUUACUGGCCGAGGCUGGUGUGGGAUUGCAGGAAUUCCUGCUCUACUUGACGAGUCUCUUCAACCGUCUGCUCUUGGAACCGGAGCUUCUAACAGCCACUACUCUACUUAAAGAGGAGUUUACUAUAGCCACCCUUCUGUUCGAGAAGUACCGUGUGCUCUGGGAUACACUUGUACCCAAGCAGAGAACGCAGUCGCUAUUUCCUAACGAUCCCGAGCCAGAGAGCGAUACUGAGCUAAAUACCGAGCUGCACACACGUACACGACACCGGAAACUCUUUGAAGGAGGCUGGUUGCUGUUCCUAUUAGCCAAAAGAAGACUAGACGCGCACUAUUCGGGUCUAGGACAACUGUACAACUUGCUAUUAGCCACGCUACAUUUGGUUCUUGCUAGUGCGCAAGCGUCUCAAGCCUCAGUGGAAGCUGAAGUAGCAGCAGCGUUAAGUGCCAUGGGCGCACUGGGAGAAGGCAAGGCGUCGCCCGUCAAGUCGGGUGCAGGAGUAAAGACGAGUGCUCAGCUUCUGGAAGCUCUCUGCGCCGCUCCAAAAGUGGAUCCAGCCGAUGUUUCACGCGCAUCGGAACAUCUGGGUUUAGUGUUACAACAACUGCGAGAUGAGCAAGUGUUACAGAAACCAGAAGACGAGCAUACAGUGCUCAGUGUGACGCUGUUUAGUGACGAAGUGCUGGAAGCGAAUGUUACGAGAUUGGCGGACAAAUACAAGACAGACUACUUGGAUGGAUGUGGCAAAUUAGACGAAACAUUCUUUCUAAAUGCUCGUGUUCGACGUACUAUCAUGGGAGCAAAUGUUACACAAGCGGAUAGUGGAGACAACUCGGUUGAUUUGACGGGUGCAAGUCGCAGUACUGCACACGCGAUGCUGUCUCCUGUACGGCGCAAUAUGCUGGCUCGACGACGCGAUAGUAAUCCUACUACACCAGCUACAAGAGGAAUGAUGACCCCACCUCGUCAUCGCCAGCAGUUCUUCCCACCUAACUCGCCCUUGACGCAUUCCUGGCACUGGCAAGGCUCGCCUCGUUAUGGAGCAAGUCCAAGACCCUCCCCGGGGUCGAUGCGUACGCCGGUAACUGCAGCAGUGGAGACGAAUAACUGGGUACGGGAGACGUUGUCUAGCACUAUGUUGACGCCUGUUACUCCGCAACUUCGAAGGUUUUUCUCGGAUUGUACAGUGGAUCCAACGCAGCGAAUCACACGAGUGUUACGUGAACAUUCGGAGUUGCUAUUAGCAGCACGGACUACCGGUAGAGUAACCGCGGGGAGAGUGCGUUUUACUGCUACAUUGAUGGUGGACGAGCAGGAGGAUACAGACGAGAAUGAGAGUGCACGGAACAUAUCGUUCUCAUCUGGUGUGGACGAUAGUUUGAAGCGUACGAAGAAUCUGACGAUUGUGCUGUUUUACCGAGUUCUUGAGCCAUUGUUACAGUCUGAACGCGAGAGACUACGUACCAAUGACUUCUCCAAGCUACUGAACAACGAUGUCUUCCUGGCCGCCUUGUUUGCGUGCAGUGCUGAAGUGGUUCUCAAAGCACAUUCUCUUAUCACGAUCUCGUAUCCAUUCUUAUUGGAACAUUUGCAUGUGAAUGCUUUCCACUUUGUUACGACAAGUGAAAGUUUCGUCAAAUACGCACCGAAGCUGCCGUCAGCGCUGAAAAAACACAUGGGCGAUGUGAAGAACCGUAUUCUGGACUCAGCCGUGUGGAAAUCCGACUCAGCGCUGUACCAGCUCCUCAGUUCGACAACUUCUGCUCCCAAUACGCCAAGUUUGACGGAUCGGUUGAGCCGAGACGGAUCUGCUACGUCUAGUCCAGCGGGUCAUGCACCCGUGCUUCGUCUGUUCUACCGGAAGGUGUUAUCUCGCGCAGCCUCCAGGAUUUAUCAGCUCUGCAACUUAUUGGGACUGGAUUCGACCGAUCAGAACCAGAUCUGGACUGCUGUGAAGGAAUGUAUCACGUCACACCAGUACUUAUUGAAAGACCGUCAUCUGGACUUGAUAGUGCUGUGCAAUAUUUAUGCAGUGUGCAAGGUUUCACGUGGGCCGAAUAUUUCUCAAGCAGCCGCAACAAUGUCUUUUAAGCGGUUACUGACAUGUUACAAACAACUGAAUCGACAGACGCCUGGCAACGGUGAAGGGGUGAUUGAUGGUAUUCUUCUGGAAGACGAAAAGUCUCGUGGAAACAUUAUCAAGUUCUACAAUCGUUGUUACAUUACACCGAUGAAGGUGUUUAUCCUUCAAUUCCAGUGUCACGAGUCUCAAAUGGCUGCAGCUGAUGCUGUUGUGGCUCAAGCUUCUGGAGUGUCUCAGACACUCGUGCCAGGCUUCACUCCUAGGAGAGAAAGUAGCAACGGAAAUUUGGGGUUGACUGCCUCUACUUCCGAUGCUGAAAGUAUCGCCCGAGCAGCGUCUGAAGCUGUUCAAAAGCUCUUCCGAACACCAAACAACUUCAGCUCAAAUGACAGAAACAGUGCACUUCCAAGCACACCACCACGUCCUAGUCGUCGCGGAAUUCGAUCGCCUUUUGUGUCGUCUCCGGCGGUAGCAGCACUGCAAAUGUUUACCUCAGCUGAGGUGCUAGCACUACCGGUAUCGAUGAACCAGACGUCACCCAAACGCGUCAAGUCUUCGAAUGUGUUCAUGUCUCCACUACAACAAGUUCGUUUGGAUCGACGUUCCGAAUUGACGCCGCGCUCGCAUGCUUUGUACGCAAUUGGCGAGAGCCCCGCACGGGAUCUGGCGUUAAUUAACCGCGCGGUGAACACGGCACCUGCAAACUUAAGGCGAGCUCGUGCACCGAAUCUUGUCAUGGAUAGCGACACUGAACAAGACGUCACUGAUGCCACUCCAAUCCGCAAGAAACAGAAAACGGCAUCAUAG